UUCAGUAGCAAUUUAGUAAGCGGCGCGUACAAUACACAUUUUUGAAAAACGGAUUGUGUAGCGAUUAUAAAUUUUUAACUGAAUUGUUUUCUUUAUUUUUGUAAAUUAAUUAAAAAAAAAAAUUAAAAAAAAUAUUUCUUUAAACAAAAAAACAAUGACUGGACACAUCAAAUUCGAGGUGAAAAAUGAGAAAAAUAACGGUAACUUAGUGAAACCAUAUAAUAAUGCGAAACAUGAUAUACUUGCGCAAAAACGUGAUAAUCUGUCAAAGGAUCGUGUGCGCUUUCAAAAUAAUAUACAUACCGUUAUAGUGCCCACACAUCAUUCGCAUAGUAGAACACUACCCAAAACUCUACCAAAAAAUGGUGUAAAGCAUUUUAAUGAAAUUGUCGCCAAAAGUGAUCCCAAACACAUUUCAAAAAUCUUAACCGUUAACGACACAAAUAAUGAUUUUGUUAUACAAAUUAAAAACGAUACAAAACAUCGACGAAGAUCAGAUAUAAAAAAUGGUGUACCCAUACAUUCAACGCUCUCGAAGGCCGAAUCGAAAACUUCGCUGAGAAGCGAUCAUAGAAUUCUUAUUAAAGCCGAUUCGAAAUCGACUUUACGCAGCGCUGAUUCAAAGAAUGAUUUGAAAUCACUUUCGGGCACUUUGCCGCGUCACGCGUCGAACAGCACAUUGAAAAGUAACAAUUUGGGCAAACCGCUGCAUAAGUGUGACUCCAAGGCGACAUUGCGAAGUGAAACGAUCUCAACGACAGACAUUCCAAGCGGCAGCACAGCAGGCAGCACGCAUGCGAAGAAAAGUUUGGAAUCGAUGACAGAUGAGGAGAUCAUCGAGGAGAAUCUAAAAGAGUUACUUGAAAACAAAAAUCGAGAAGAGCGUAAAGCGAAUGGACGUCUCAUAGCAGUCAUUGUAGCAUUUCUGGUUAUAUUUGUGGGACUCUAUAAUAUGUGGUUAAAGAAAGCAAAUGGCCUGGCGGGCAUACUGGUGCCGGCGAUAAUUAUGGUGUCCUAUGGCGGCUGGGUGGUGUUGCUUGCGAAACGCGAUAAGCAACGUCAAGUUUUAUAUGAGAAACACGUGGAAGAAGUAAUGGAACGCAACAAAAUCGAAUUGGCCGAAAAGGCGCGAUUGCUCAGAAAGAAAAAGCAAGAGGAAGCACAACGGAAGGAGAAAGAGAAGAAAGAGAAAGCGGCCAAACUAAAUCGUUUGGGUCAUCGUCCCAGUUUUCGUGAGAAACUAUUCGGUACGCGUACGCCGGCAUUGCAGCCGUCAGCGAAUCUGCUAACGAUCGCCGUCACAGCAGCGGCGCCAUCACAAAUUGUUGUCGAGUCCAAGAAGAAGCGGUUGGAGCGCAUGGAUGCAUUGGUGCUGCCGCAUCCACCGAUACGUACCGGUUCAGCGCCGUAGUAGUGAAACGUAAAACAUAACGGUACUACAUUUUCAACACAAUACACAUAUACAAUAACAACACACACUCAAACACACAAAAGAAAACUGAUAUAAACAGGAAAUGUGCAAAACGUUUGUACGACAGGAAACGAUGUUAUUGAAAAUAUUGGCGGUAUGUUUCAAAAAUAGUGUGUUUACACUGCGUUUUGCCUUAAAUAGUAUGUAAUUAUAUAUGUAUCCUUUUCAUUAAUUACUUCAUAAUUAUGCCGUUUUUAUUUGGAUAAACACAAAAACUAUUUUGUAUGUAAGUUUAAACAAACAAAAACAAGUAAAUAUUUAAAACUAUUUAUAUCUCCUUUGUGUGAAAAUCGAAUUUACUUUGUACUUUAUAAUAAUCCGUCCUUUUUAUGACUCUUCUCAUGGCUGUCUUGCGCUCUAUACACUUUUAUGCUAUUUUUCUACGCACUCAUGUACAUAAUUUUGUAAAAAAAUAUUUAUUUUUUUAAUUUUAGACGUAAUGCUAAUUUAGUAAUACUCAUUAAGUCUAUGUAUAAUGUUUACA